AAACAAAACAAAACAUCAAAAUGACAAUCUUAUCUGCUUUAACUUCAUUAUCUCCAAUGAGCACCAGCUCAAAAUCAAGCAUCAGCUCAAAGAGUGCUUCAUUAUCAAUGUCUUCAAAUAAAGUUGCAUGCGGUGGUUGUGGCGGUAGUGGUCCAAUCUUUAUUCCAGCAGCUGCCAAUAUUGAUGUUAAUGUCAAUGUUGAUAUCAAUUUAACUGCCGUCACCAGUAUUGUUGGUGGAAUCGUCGGUGGAUUAUUAGGUGGUUCAUGUGGUUGCAAUUAAA